GGCAUCAAUGGUGGUAUUACCCCUAUAUUAUUAUAUUACAUCAUCUUAUAAAACUACUAUUUAUAUAUGGUUUACACUGUAAGUGAAGUUUGUACAAGUUGACGCUUCCAUUUCCGUAUUAACUCAGAAGGCGGGAAAAUUCCAUGUGAUGUACCAAGUUUUAACUAGGCGAAAGCUUACUUUAAAAAAUGACACACAAAAUAGAACCAUUGGUCAGCUGUCAGUGGCUUAAAGACGAGAUAGUGGACAAAGCUUUGCAAGAUAAUGUGGUGGUCUGUGACGUAUCAUGGUCAUCACAGAAAGAUAUGGAAAGCCAGUAUAAAAGUUGUCACAUCCCCGGAGCAGUAUUUUUCAAGAUAAUGGACGAAGCGGAGUUUUGUGAUAUUUUUCCAAGAAAUCUACCAAGAAUUGAUACAUUUGAACAAACUGCAAGAGAAGCUGGCAUAAACAAAGACGAUCAUAUUAUAAUAUACAGUGACUCGGACAUGAAUGGAUUCUUUAUGUCCGGUAGAGCGUGGUGGACAUUCAAGGUGUUUGGACACGAAAAGGUAUCCAUACUAGAUGGUGGAUUACAGAAAUGGAAAAAAGAAGGUUUUCCUGUAACUGAUGUUGGUUCAAAGCGACAGCUGGGGAAUUUUUCUGCAAACUUUACAAAUGAAUAUAUUAGACAUUAUGCCGACAUGGUAGACAGAGUUGAGACGAACAGCAUACAGAUAUGUGACAGUCGACAUCAACAUAAAUAUUCCGGACCAGAGAGUUCUGGUAACAUCAAAGGUGCAAAGAAUAUUCCAUUGUCAUCAUUGAUGAACCAAGAAGAUGGAACACUGAAAAGUAUAACAAGUAUUAAAAACGAUUUAUCGUCGGCUGGUGUAGAUUUAAGUAAAUCUGUAAUUACUCACUGUAACAGUGGAAUGUCUUCAUGUGGUCUAUGUUUUAUCCUCCAUUUGUGUGGUUGUCCUGGUACUUCAGUUUUUCUGGGAGGAUUCACAGAAUGGAAAGACAAAGCUCCAAAGGAACUUAUUCAGAAAGUCGGCUAGACAGAAUCGUGUUUAGAAAAAAAAACCCAAAAACAAUUAUGCAAAAAUUUCAAUUAACCCAACACGUAAUAAGGACUAUCAAUUCGUAAUACAUGUUUCACUUACGGUGAAAAUAUUGAAAAUAAUCUAAUCAGUCGAUUGAACAAAAAUUCGAAUAGUUUGAAAUGAAUACACAAAAAAAGUGAUAAUGUGUAUAUUAUAUUUGAUUCGGUUCCGGGCGAAUUUAUACAUAAUAGACUAUGUUACCGACUUUUGACUCCGGUGUUUAUAUCAUUUUACGAUAGAUUACCUACUCUGUGGGGCAGACAAUUUUUGUACUCGGUCAUGUAAGAGCAACGGAAAAGGUAAAUCAAGCUUAAAAUCCGGCAGUGCAAUUUUUUAGGAAAAUUCACUUUUUUCCAAAACAUUUGUAGUGUAUAGAAACAUAAAAAUGGUUUUAAAUGUUUGAACUUGAAGCAUACAUGAAAAAAAUCACACUCAAACAUCAUGCUUACGGCAGUCGUUCCAGCCUUUUUUAGUGAGAAAAGAGACUAUCCUACUCAGAUAGUUUCCCAAAUUUCAUGUAUUAAGACAGUAACUAAAUAAACAAAAUGCUCUGAAGAGCAUGUGUCGCUCACCUGCAUCAGAGACAUAUAUACACAUAUGUAUAUAUGUCUCGGCCUGCAUCUUCUAAAAUGGCUAAUUUUUGGUAAAAUCAUCAUGCAAGGGCAAUAACUCUAUAAAGAGUUAACUGACAAUCAGUCAUAUUGACAUAUUUGUAGAUCAUGUCCUACUGAACAUUUUUGCUUUUUAAAGUUUCUAUCUACAUUUGUACAUGUAUCUAUUAUACUUUUCAGGGGCCUCGGUGGCCUAGGAUUGUCAGUUUUCCUACUGAAGGUCUAUGGAAAGUCAACGGGGUCAAAAUUCUUAAUUCGUAAAUUGUCAAUUUGUAACUUGUAACUGUGUAAUUUCAAAAUUCGUAUAUUGAAAAUCUGUAUUUGCAACUUUGAAAUUCAACAUUUGUAACUUUGAGAUUCUUUGCGACUUUGUUAUUCAUUAAAUCUAACAUUCGUA